AUGGAUCAAUCAAGUUUGAGUAGUAUCACCCAAGACCUCGACCGGCAGUCGAGCGCGUCGUCCAGCUCAAGCGUGGAGAAGCAGCCGUUUCAGUUCCUCGGGGUCCACAGCCAACCUGCGUCCGUCGCCGCCACACCGUCCCCGGCCGCCAAGCUUCCCAUCCCACGACUCAGCUCGACUCCGAUUAGUCGGCAUCGUACCUCGCGCGCUUGCGUCCCCUGUCGCGAACGCAAGAUCAAAUGUGACGGCGCGAAGCCAACGUGCAAGCAGUGCCACCAGCUGAAGAUCACCUGUGCCUAUGCGGGGUCCAAACGGGAGCGACAGCAGCUGGAGCUCGAGACCACCAAGGCCAAGGUCAAUGUCUACGAAUCGCUGCUGCGGAAGAUCUACGAGAAAAGUAGAGAAGAGCGCCUGACCUCGAUCGAGGAAGUAUUCAACAAAUACUUCGAAGCAUCGCCAGAGCUGUUCACCACCUUUCUGUCGUCAAGGCCGAUAUCCGAGCAAGGAAUCUCGCUGCCGCGGCCGGUAUUGUCCCUGAACCGGAUGCGCCUGACAUGGGCGUCGAAGAAGGGGGAUAAGACCCUGCCUCUGUGUCAGGAGCCGGACAUUCAGAUCACCAACAUCAAAGCCUGGACGACUCUGGUGGACGAUGAAGUCGCGAGCCAUCUUUUCUCGCUGUAUUUCACCUGGGAAAACCCCACAUGGCAACUGGUGGACCAACACAUGUUCAUCAAGGACUUGGAGCAGGGCUCCAAGAGAUUCUGUUCAUCGCUGCUGGUUCACGCACUUCUCUUCUUUGGCUGUAGCUUCUCCUACAAUGUGGACCGGAUCAGCAAUCGGCGGGAAGAGAAAUCUCUCGCCAAGACGUUAUACGACGAGAUUCAGCGCCUCUGGCUGGUGGAAAAGGACGAGUUGACCCUUCCCACGGCGCAGUCGAGUAUCCUGAUUGGCCUGCUCUGCUGUACCCUCGGCUUGGACAGAAUUGGCACGAGACAUAUCUUACACGGAGCAGCGCUUUGUAACAAGCUCGAGCUGCAUCGCGAGACCCCACCGUACUUCUACGACGAGGUGGGGAGUGAUGAACUGGGCCCCGUGUCACGAUGUCACAAGUUAGUGGCGUGGGCCGUCUUUGACGUGCAAGCGCUAGCGGCAGAAGUAUACCGAAAAGUCCCUGUCUGGGACCAACCUCCGUCCGUGUGCUUUUCUCCCCAGGAGGCAGCGGCAUUGGACGAAGGGGUCCGCUGGAGCCCCUAUCCGUUCCGGUCACCCGUGUCACAGCCCUACUACUAUACGGCGGCUUGCUACCGAAGCGCCCUCGUGACGAUUGUGCACGAGAUCGCCCUCGUCGGCAUCAGGUUCCCCCAGACAGGUGUCGAGUACGACGACUGGGAGUACGCCCACCAGUUAUACAGUCAGCUGCUGAGCUGGAUGGCUGGUCUCCCAUCCAGCGCCAUGCCGCACUGUAACACUACACCACAUAUACUAUGCUUGCAUCUCUAUUACCAAGCGACUCUCGUAUUCCUCUGCGACAUCUUCAUCCUCCACUCCAAGAAGACCCCCGACGAAGUCCCCAACCUAUCCCAAUUCGACCCGUGGAAAAUUAAAAUCCAAGCCCUCGACGCCGUCGGCUCCCUCAUCCUGCUCUACAAGCAAUGCCACGGCUGGAAAUCCAUCCCCAUCGUCAUGCUGCACUACUUCUGCGUCGCGGGCGUGCACGCCGCCUCCCAGCUCAACCCGCACGAGCCGAACUGGGCUCUCGUCCUGGAAAGCUGCGUCGUCGGCCUCUGGCACAUGAGUCUCGGCUGGGGCAGGCUGUGCACCGCCUUCCUGCGCACCAUCGAACUCGUCCUCAAGGCGACCAACCCGGAUCAAUCGCUGGUCCCGCCCAAGGUCGACGUGAUCUUCAGCCAGCUGAAUAGUGCCCUCUGGUCCGCGACGGAUAUCUCCUCCCUGUCUGCGGAUUAUGUCGUGCAUCAUGUUCCCAUCCAGGCGAGUCCGUCCGCCGCCGGCUCGGCUUUCAAGGCUGAGGGGUUGGAGAAGCUGAUCCGGAGCAUGGAUCAUCUGUCGAUGAAGUGA